AUGCCAUCGUCAAGGUCCAAGCUCCCACUGCUCCUGCAUGGGCUUCUACUGUGCAGCUCUUUUGCUCCUCUCCCAGUCAUCAGCAGUAAAAGACAAACCAUACAGAGUGUCGUGUCAUUGGUUCAGGCGAGCGGCGGCGGCUCAUGGGACAAGAGGGAGGUGACUGCCAGAGAUGGAGAAUACCUGCUGGGCAUAAAAAGACUAAGAAGACUUUACUGUAAUGUUGGCAUCGGCUUCCACAUUCAAGUCUUACCAAAUGGGAAGAUCACAGGCAUGCAUAAUGAAAACAAAUACACCCUUCUAGAAAUAUCCCCUGUGGAGAUAGGAGUGGUGACCCUGUUCGGGACGAGAAGUGGUCUCUUCGUUGCCAUGAGCCACAAAGGGAAACUCUAUGGCUCGGGCAACUACAAUGAUGAAUGCAAGUUUAAGGAGAAGAUCCUGGCCAACAACUAUAAUGCCUAUGAAUCAGCUGCCUACCCUGGCAUGUACAUUGGCCUCAGCAAGACUGGCAAAACCAAGAGAGGCAAUCGUGUAACGUCCACUAUGACCAUGACACACUUCCUUCCCAGGAUAUGAAUAAAAAGAUCAAUACUCAGUAUAAAGCAAAAGUUAGG